CUGUUAAACAUGUCAUGAACGUCAUUGGAUGCUUCAAAGCUGCGCUUGUACCGAUGUUUAAUGUUUGAUUUCAUAAUAAGCAGCGUGUGUGGCAUUCUCGAUUUGUCUUCUUUUGUUCUUUUCUAUUUGUGACAACAGCCGAAGCUUUCUGUCAGCCGAAGCUUUCAGAGGACUUCUGUCUCCGGUUCGAUCUGCGAGAAGAGCUAAGCUAGUUGCGUUACAUAUCUCGUCAACAAAAGCUAUCGUUAGCUAGCAUCUACUUCGUUUGUACAAACGUUUAAGGAUGGGUGAAGAAACAAAAGGAAACACGGACAGCAGAUCCGCUAACAACAUCGGUAAUGAGAAAAACGGAGACACGGCAGAUGGCGGCGUUAAAUUUUACACUUUAGAGGAAGUUAGAGUACACAAUAUGAACAGUGACACAUGGCUCAUCAUCCAUAAUAAAGUAUACGACAUCUCAAAUUUUCUAGAAGAGCAUCCAGGUGGUGAGGAGGUCUUGCUGGAGCAGGGCGGUGCAGAUGCCACAGAGAGCUUUGAGGACGUGGGUCAUUCUACAGAUGCCAGGGAGAUGCUUCAGCAGUACUAUAUUGGAGAGCUUCACAUGGAUGACAGAAAAAAGAACACAAAGGAAGCACAAGUUACAGAUUCAGGAAAGUCCAGGAGCUUCUGGGCCUUGUGCUUGGUACCUGCCAUUGCUGCAGCCAUUUUUGGGGUCGUGUAUCGUUUCUUCAUUCUUGAACACAAGUCAUCUUGAGUUCUUAAGUCAUUCUGUUUACAUCUCAUUCUUUUCGUCCGGAGGCCUUGAAUUGUUUGACCAAAUCUUUUUCAUACUUAUAGCUCAUGAUUUGAGCUGACAGCAUCCAUAGCAGUGAAGUGUGUGCAGGGAACAGUUUCAUAAUUUGUCCUGGCCUGUUUACAGAGUUCAUGUAACAGAUAGUUGUGUGAAAGUUAAAAAAAAAACUUUGACAUUUUCUUUUUUGUCAUUGUCUCUGUGCCCAUUGUCAAACCUAUCUUUCAUGUUAGUUUCAUGCAAAUUUUUAAUACUUUCAUAAUUUCACUGUAGGUACAAUAAUAUGUUGGUGUGCAAAAAGAUGUUGUCAUUUAUUUUUUUCUGGAUUGUAACUUCUUAAGCUUCUAUAGUGUAUUUUCUUAGGUUUUAUAGCCUGAGAUAAAUUACAGCUGCAUAAAUUACAGCAAUUCCUUUUAUCGAUUCCUUAAUGUUAUGCUGUUAAACAAUCAGUCAUGUUAGUGUUUAAAUUAUUUUAUGUGUCAUUACUUAGGGAAUAAUGUUCUUCAAAAUCUAAUAUAUAUGGUAAUAAAUAGAUUUCCCUUCAAARCAAAUGAGUAAAAAUGUUUUUCGUUUAGUUUUCUGUACUAGUUGAGAGGUUCUGUCAUUGCAGGUUGAAAUUGUUUUAAGUUUUGGAUGUUUUUUUGUUUGAGAACUACCUUGCUGACAAAGCCGUAAACGUGUCUUUCAGUCCUCAACUGUUUAGAUUUGAUUGAGAUAAAUUUUGCCUAGCAUUUAAUGACUUUUUUUAUAUAUCCUAACGAUCAUUGCAAGAUUGCUUGUUAGAACUCCAAUGACAAAACUGUUGUUGUCCAAUCAAUCUCCAAUAAGUCUGAAAAUAGAAAAAAAAAAUUCUUGUUGCUUUCUUAAUCUGAGAUCUGCUUGCAGCUUUCCGACUGAAACUCGUCAACUUUUAAGAUAAAUACUUUGUUUUUGGUUUCUGUUGUCAAUAAAGUGUCAAACUAACUAA